AUGGUACCUUCAUGCGAAGGCGCCGUAUCGAGUACUCCCAACCCUCCGCCAUCGGUCACUCCUUCACCCGAACACAUAGUUGAUGAAUUUUCUCAAACCCACAAACUGCACGGUCGGGCAUUCUAUGAAAGCCUAGGAUCCCCAAAAUUUGUUCUCGCUCCCAUGGUAGACCAAUCAGAAUUUGUACGCGUUAACUUAUACUCCAAAGCGUGGCGAAUGUUGACGCGCUCUUACAUGACACCCUCUUGUCGCAAACUCCUGGCAUAUUCACCUAUGUUUCAUGCUCGAAUGUUUGGUACCAUACCAAAGUAUCGUGAUUCGCAUUUCCAGCCUCUUCGAAACCCGCUCACCUCCGAUCCACCCUCUCUCGGUACGGAGUAUUUUCUCGAUGGGAAUCCCAAAUACGAUCGGCCCCUAUUUGUUCAGUUCUGCGCCAAUAAUGCUGAUGAAUUCCUUGCAGCGGCUAAGUAUGUCACGCCAUUCUGUGAUGCGGUUGAUUUGAAUUUAGGUUGCCCGCAGGGAAUUGCCAAAAAGGGACGAUAUGGAGCUUUUCUACAAGAGGAUCAACAGCUGAUAUACUCACUUAUCAACAAAUUGCAUAGAAAUUUAGAUGUGCCUGUUACAGCAAAAAUACGGAUACUUGAGACUCGAGAAAAGACUCUCGAAUAUGCACUGAAUUUACUCAAAGCUGGUGCUAGCAUUCUCACAAUCCAUGGUAGAACUAGAGAUAUGAAAGGGCACAAAACUGGGCUUGCUGACUGGCAAACAAUACGUUUCCUCCGAGACAAUCUUCCAAAAGAGACGGUUCUCUUUGCCAAUGGAAAUAUAUUAAGACAUGAAGACAUCCUGCAGUGCCUCCAAGAAACUGGGGCGGAUGCCGUGAUGUCUGCUGAAGGAAAUCUCUAUGACCCCACUAUUUUUGCUCAAGCCCCACAGCCUCACGAGUACUGCCGUGAAUACUGGAGGGGAAUAGAUGGAAGUGCAGGGUGGAGAGUGGAUGCCGUAUUUAGGAGGUACAUUGAUAUUAUCUAUAAAUAUGUAUUGGAGGUCUCUCCCCCAAUAAGGAAUCCUCUGUAUCUACCUUUGUUUCCCACGGAAGAAAAUACGGAAAAAAAAGAAUUACACGAUGAGGAAGGGCCGAUAAAAAAGAAACAGAAGACAGGGAAAGUCGAAAAAACGACUAACCCCAAUUUGUUAGCUAUGCAACCUCAUCUUUUUCAUAUAUUACGGCCUUUAGUUGCUAAGCAUCACAAUGUGAGAGACGCUUUGGCCAAAUGUCGAGCAGGGGAUUUGAAAUCGUACGAGGCAGUCCUGCAGAUGGUCGAAGAAGUCGUACGCGUUGGAUUAGAACAGUAUCACGUGACCAAAGGAAGAAGCUGGAAAGAUGAAUUCGAAUUGGAUGAACGGUUAAAAUCCAUUCCAGACAGUCUAGAGCAAAAUGGAUCAGGAAAUAACCAAUCUGUAGGUGAAAGUUCAGUCAAAAUAGUGAGGGAGUGUAAAAGGCCCUGGUGGAUCUUACAGCCUCACGUACGCCCCCUACCACAGGAAGCACUAGCCAAGGGCAGCUGGGCCCUAAAUCGAAAAGAAAAGGCUGCCCAACUCACGAGCCUUGGCAACGCCUGA